GCAAUUCCAGAAUCGUUGAUAGAGACAAAAAAUUGCAUUAUCCAAAAAUGUUUCUCUCUUGCAAUAGUUUUGUCAUUGUCAACAUGGGCUGCACUUACCCCAGGUAUAUUCUUAGCAGAAGGAUGAUUCUAUAUGUGAUGCGGUACCAGAUUUAAGGAAAAAAGAUAACAUGCAUCAAAAAGUGAUUGGUAACGAUUCACCUGUGUUGACCACGGAAAACAAGUCAUCUGUAUUGAUCGCAGAAAAUGAUUUGCCCAUAUUGACCACAGAGAGCCCUAAACUAUCAGCAUCUGAAGUCUCUGCUGUGCAGGCAUUAUUAUCUCUACAGGAUUUGAAAAAAGAUCAAGCUACCCAAGUCACAAGUGGGGACUUAAAAUCAACUUAUCUUCUGAAAGCCAAUGAGCUGUCAGACAAUCAACUCAAAUCUUUAACAGGACUACAUUCAAGAAGCCUCCUUAAUUUUUUGAGCAGAUAAAAUUAAUCAAGAAAUAAAAAUAACAAAUAAACAUAUCUUGCCGCUUAAGGAACGGAUUAUCUUAACAUUGAUGAGAAUCAAACUAGACAUAACAUUUUCAGCUCUGUCUGUAUUUUUUGGAUGUAGUGCAAAAACUGUAAGCAAUAUAUUUUUUACACUGAUUCCUAUUUUAGCAAGUAUUUUAAGUAGUGUUAUUGAAUGGGUUUCCAAAGAUGAAGUUAUGGCAAAUCUGCCAAAGUGCUUUGCUGAUUUUAGCAAUGUGCGUGCAGUUCUAGACUGCACAGAAAUUGUCAUUCAAAAGCCCAAAUGCCUUACAGAAAGAAUAGUGACAUAUUCCCAAUAUUAUGGUGAUCAUACUAUAAAGUAUUUAAUGUGUAUCUCACCAGGUGGGCUAAUUACCUUUGUAAGCAAAGGCUAUGGUGGAAGAGCCUCCGAUAAACUAAUAUUUGUGAACAGUCAUAUUAUAGACAUGUUAGAGCCACAUAUUGAUGCUAUUAUGACAGAUAAGGGCUUUCUAAUUGAAGAUUUAUGUGCUGAAAAUUUCAUUCAGUUAAUCAGGCCCCCAUUUUUGCACAAGAAAACACAAUUUUCUGCUGCAGAAGCAACAUUAUGUAGAAAAAUAGCUUCUGCAAGGGUUCAUGUUGAACGUGCAUUCCAAAAAAUGAAGAUAUUUGCUAUUCUGAAGUCCACAGUUCCAUACAGUUUACUUCCACUAUUAGAUAACAUCAUGCUAAUAGCAGCUGCUUUAACUAAUAUAUCAAAACCGAUUUUAUCUGAAAAUAAAUAUUAAUUUCAAUACAUAAACAUGAAACCCUUCUUCUGUUCAAAGUGCUAAGAAUGUAAUUUGUUACUUUUUUAUUCUUUUAAGGUGGUACACUUAUGUAUUUCAAUCUUAUAAUUCAGCAAAUGUUCAGGAUUAACAAUCUUGUAAUGUAACAUAUGUUCAGGAUUAAUCUGUGUCACAUUUUUUUAACAGUGUAAUUUAAUGUGCAGAAAAACCAUAUUAAGUUCUCAAAUUUUAGAAAUUAUUAAUGUUACGAAUUUUAUUACAUCUCUGAGAUAAAUUUAAAAAUCUUGUAAUAUGAUGAUAAAAUAGUAUCGAUUGUCUAAGACUAGAACUGUAAACUUUCGUAUAAUACUUUUUUUCAGAUUCAAAUAAAGUUUCUAAAAUAAUCAAGAAUUUUAUUUCAGGGAAAAAUUGUUAUCUUCAUACAUUUCAUAAUAAAUUAUAUUCUUCAAAAUGUAAUUCCUGUGGAAAUU